UUGUUGGAAAGUGGUUUUCCCAUAAGAACGUUAUGGAAUUACGAGUGAUUCUACCAAUUUGGACAACGUUCUGCAUGGUAAGUGGUUUCGCAUGGGCAGAACUCCGUAACAUAACCUCGAAGCAUGGUCUGCAAAGGGAUAAGCGAUUUAUUGUAUAUUUAGGAUCUGGUGUUCACAAAUUCGUUUGUGGUGUAUCUAUUCCAGUAUCUUUAGAAGACAAGAAACCAUGGCGAUCACUUGGUGCUGUUUAUGGUUUCCAGGGUCAAUAUUCAGUGCCCGUGACACCUAUUUAUUGGUGGGAUAAAUGGGAAGGAAGAUCAUUGGCAGAAGCGAAAAUGCAAUAUAACAAAGAUGGAUCUUAUGUACCAGAUGAAUCGCGCGUAUUUAUUUAUGCAUUAAUAGAAUAUUAUCUAAAUCGAGCAGGAAAGAAUGGUCGACAAUGCUUAUUACGUGCAAUUUGUGAAAAUGCUUUGGUAGAUGAAUUUGGUGGAAUUGUCGGAGAAGUUAUAGGCGCAAUUCUCAGGCCUUCAGAUGAUUCAGAUAAUGUAUACAAGGAUGCGUAUAAGGCUGGAAGGUAUGGUGCCAUCUGUGCAUCUAUGUAUCCCAUAUGCCCGGAAGGACAGGGGCUCUUUGACGGUUUGACAGUAACAAGGUCAUCUAAAUACUACAAGAAUAUGGGAUAAUUUGCUGUAGUCUG